GCAUAAGGAAGAGAUCAUGUGCUGGCUGAGAGACUGCUGGCGGAAUAAGGUUGCAGGCUGCCAUCCAGAGACUGCUGCUGUCCAGGGCCAUGUGUUGCUACUGUGACAGGGCUGGAUCUAGCCUGUCCAAUUUGGGGGUGCAGUAAAAAAUGUCAGGGGGGCAGAGGAUCGGACGUCAGGGGGGCAGAGGACAGGGGUCACUGCUGGCAGGGCAGAGGACAGGGGUCAUUGUUGGUAGGGCAGAGUACAGGGGUCAUUGUUGGUGGUAAUAAAC